GAGUUUAUAUAACCUUUUCAUCACCUGCCUGACGUCUUUCGGUUCGACAGCAGUUGAUCAGUCUUCACAUCCUAUCACAGCAUCUAGUUUCCAUUCACCCGCCCCCAGGUCCCUCUCUUUCCCCAACAAAAUCGACCCCAUAUCAAAGGCACCUCCCGUGACAGUUUUCUGUCGAAAAUGGGUACCCUCAUGGUAGUCAUUAACCCAAUCAUGGCCGCUGGCGGCUACGACAAUGAUCGCAGAGUCGGUACAGGACGUGUCCUUCCUACCAAGUUUAAUCCUCCCUAUCCUGACGAUACACCACAAUCCCUUUUCCCACCUGGCAUCAAAGUCGACUGUGUGCCGCAGGUUCAUCGCUUCAUUCGACGAAACAAUCCCCGCGAGCUCCUCAUCUACACCAAUGGCACCUGUGUGGAGAACGGCGGAGCCGUCCCCAGAGGAGGCUGUGGCGAGCCCAGAGGGGGCUGUGGUGUUGUCUACCGGUCUCCCGUGGACCUUCCUGAAGGCAAACUCAAUCAUUUCAAGAUCCCUCUCGAGAUCAAAGGACCCAGCGGCCGAAGACAUCCCCAAACAAGUGAGCGAGCUGAAUUGCGGGCCGUAAUUGCAGCCCUCCGGUUCCGCUGCUGGACCGGAGAAGGGUUCAACAAACUGGUGAUCGCGACUGAUUCCGAGUAUGUGGUGGAGGGAGCAACUUGUUGGGUCCAGGGAUGGAUCCAGAGGGGCUGGAAGACAAGAACAGGGAAUCCUGUUAGCAAUCGGGACUUGUGGGAGUGUUUGCUGGGUGAGUUGGAGCGGUGGUAUGAUCAUGGUAUGGACAUUCAAUUCUGGCAGAUUUCGAAAGAAUGGAAUACCGAGGCGGCUCGCCUUGCUGAAGAGGCCGCAUUGGAGACCCCAGCUAGAGCGUUCGGCGAUGUCUCCGGAUACAUGGUUUGAUCUGAAUGUGUUUAUGAAAGGUCGUCAAUGUUCUCGUUUCUUGUUUGCAUGGAAGGGCAUAUAAGAC